AUGCACAACCUGUACUGCAGUGUCGAGAUUGCGUCGCGCACGAGCUACGACCUACUGGUGGAGCAGUCCCGCACAUCGACGCGCAUCAAGCGAUGGCUCACAAAUACUCACGAGCUGGUCAUCCGGUCUCACAAAGACGCGAAGCUAGUGCAAGGGGACACCCCCUUCCUCGACGCACUCCCCCUCGUCUUUGCCACGCUCAAGGUCUACUGGGUGCUGCGUCCUGUUAUGCACCCGACCUUCUAUCUCGCGCUCUCACAUUUUGGACACCUCACGUUAUUGUGCUUGACGCUUGUCCAGCUGUAUAACACCCUCCAGCUACGCCGGAUCAUCUCUGCGUUCCCGCAAUUGGAAGCCCUCGCCUUGUCUCGCGUUUCGUUCAGACAACCACUUCCUGCCGGUCCCAGAUAUCAGCAUCCGGCGGACCCUUCGUUAAGGCCUGAGUCGGGGAUUAGGCUCAAACGGCUGGAUAUUCUUGCGAGUGACUACGAAGCCUCGCAGAGCCUCGAAUACCUCGUCGACUGGCUUGUAUGCUCUUCGAUAUACGCCUCCCUGAGCGACUUGGCCGUUGAACUCCGAUUCGUCAAGAGUGCCGACUAUAGGAUCGCGUGCGAUCAAGUCGAUCGACUCCUCAGAGAAAGUGGGCCGUCUCUGACCUGCUUUCGUGAAACGCAUGGCACUUCUCUCGGUCAUCCUGGUUACGAGUUUGCUCACAAUACGUCCUUACACCGCUUGAAGUCGGACCUGAACGUUGAGCUCAGACAACCAGAAGAGAACUGGCCAGCAGUAGUAGCCAAUCUACGUGCCACCCUGUCCUCUGUGCGAAGCCACGCACUUGCGCACAUCACGCUCGACUUCUACGUCUGGCUCGCCGACGGCCUGGAACCGGAGAAGUUCAAUCCGUCCGGCGACAGAUUCGACUCGCAGUUGCGCAGCCUACACGACGUCGCGGUUCGGCCGUACUUCGACGCGCUGAGGAGCGUCGAUGUCAGGAUGCGAAUAUAUUACAGCCCUGGGGAACAGAGCAAGGAGCUGGCGGACGACGUCGCCCGAGCGGUCGUUCCCAUGUUGCGGCGACUACUCAGGCCGUGGCACGAUCGCGGGAUAGUCAAUGUCUCCUACAAGGGUUGGAGUUACUAG